GCUAUAUAUAAUGUUGCAUUCAUUGAGGGAAAAAAAGUUUUAUUUUUUAUUUUUUAAAUAAUGGUUAUUGAAUGCUUUUUUUUUCACUAAUUUAUACAAUCUGUUCUUUUGCAUGAUGGAUUGCUACUCUAAUUUUGUUGAUAGUUUGAAGUGCAUGAUUUGGUUUGUCAUUUGUCACUAUUAUGGUUUAGGCAUUACAGGAGAUGGAAGAUGCUUGUUCAGGUCUGUGGCUCAUGGUGCCUACUUGAGAUCUGGAAAACCUUCUCCAAGUGAGCAUCUCCAAAAACAACUAGCAGAUGAACUCAGAUCAAAAGUUGUUGAUGAAUUCAUAAAGAGGCGAGGAGACACUGAAUGGUUUCUUGAAGGUGAUUUUGAGACGUAUAUUUCACAGAUGAGGCUGCCUUAUGUAUGGGGAGGAGAACCUGAGUUGUUGAUGUGUUCACAUGUUCUUGAGAUGCCAAUCACUGUUUACAUGUGUAAUCAGAAUUCUGAUAGCUUCAAAAUCAUAGCGGAGUAUGGCCAGGAAUAUGGAAAGGAUAAUCCAAUCCGUGUGUUGUAUCAUAGUUAUGGACAUUAUGAGGCAUUGCAGAUUCCUGUUACCAGAACAAGUUCUAAAGGGUACUCUAAGAGAUGAGUGGCUGGCAUUAAGCAUGGCUCUUAUUGGAUGCUCAAUAACUGCAUCCUAGAAACAUGAGCCAAGCAUUUGCAACCGCAAAAAAAGGAAGUUACUAAAUAAGAAAUUUCGCGUGUACAUCAAAAAAUUGGCAUUGUUGUUUCAAUAAAAAUAUAUCCAUAUCUAUUGUUUAAGCGUUAGAAUUGUAGUCUGCUGUGGCUUUAUAUUGUCAUGGAAACGAGAAAGACAAAUAGGAAUUUUUAGUUUAUAUGGUA